AUGACGGCGGCGACGGCGGCGACGGCGCGCGGGCCGACGGGCGGUCAGGGGGUGAGAAGGCGCGAUGGACGGCGAUGGAGCGCGCGGAUGACGACGCCGACGCGAUAUGGACGCGGGGUGGAGACGUCGGGGCGCGCGUGGACCACGCGCGCGGCGCGGGAGGACGCUCGGGACGGAUUCGGUGAAGACGGACGUCGGGACGGCGUCGAUGGGUUCGCCUCGUCGUCGGGGGGGUCAGGGGGGUCGUCGGGGACGUCGUCGUCGUUUUUCGGUCGCGCGGAGUCGUCGGGGGCGUACGGUGAGGCGGCGCGCGCGGGACGGGGACGGGGACGGGGAGGCGGAGAGGGCGGACGCGCCGGACGCGCCGGACGCGGCGGGCGCGCCGGACGGGGCGGGCGGGGUGGGCGAGGGAAUGUGGGCGGUCGAGGCCGCGGCGGCGGCGUGAGUGAUUACGUGGUGUUGAAUCAGCGCUUGGCGGCGCUCGAGGAUAUCGAUGCAUUGUUGGAUUGCGCGCGGGAUCACAUGGAUGAUUUCAACGUCGUCAAUCUAUCGACGGCGAUGUACAAGUUGGGUAAAUUGAACUCGACGCGAUACAAAGGAGAUGGGGCGAGCAAGGGGGCGACGAGGUACCCCGCCGUGCUGGAGGAUGCGCGAUUUUUAGCGCUCACCGAAAAGCUCCGCGAGUUGCUCGCGGAGAGUCAGGACGGAAAGGCUCUCAGCGGCGGGCGCGGAUCGUUCAAAAUUCGAGAGUUUUCCUCCAUCAUUUGGGGCGUGGCGCACUGCGGGAUGAGGACGAACAGCGGUGACCAGACGUUAGGAUUGCUCUUCAAGCGCAUCAUCGCCUUGGAGGACGACGCGCCUCCGGCGCAAAACGUGAGCAAUUUGUUAUGGGCGUACGCGGUGAUGCACAACUCUCGGGAGACAAACAAGGAGCUCCUGAAAAAGCUCGAGUACUGGUGCGAUCUCAUCAUGGACGAGUUUGCGGCGCAAGGAAUCAGCAACUCGUUGUGGGCGUUCGCGACUCUCGGAUAUCAACUGCGUCCAGAGCUCGUGUCAAAGUUCUCGCAAGCGAUUCGGCGCGUCAAGGAUUUCAAGUCGAUGGAGUUUUCCAACAUGAUCUGGGCUGUAGGUACGAUGAAAAUAGAGUUAGAUCCCCCCGAGCUCUUCGACGAGAUCUUGGACGAGUGCUUGGCGAGCAUGAAGGCGCUCCCGAACAUGUGGAGCUCGCAGAGCGUGAGUAACAUUUUGUGGGCCAUGGCGUCGCUGAACAAACCUCGCACGCGGUCUCGACACGAGGAGCUCUUGUCGGUGACGAUGUCCUUCGUUGAGCGAAGAGCGAAUGCGUUCAUUUUGCAGGGUUUGUCCAACACCAUGUGGGCGUACGCCACCCUCGAUUGCACGCCUCCUAAGAACAUGCUUGAGAGCGUCACCGAACGUUUCGGGAGUCUCAUCACGCCCACCACAAAUGUCAGUGAGUGCUGCAACUUGCUCUGGUCCUACGGUAGCAUGCGAUUUCAUCCCGGAAACGAGGUUCUGAACAAAGUGGCCGUGCUCUAUCUCCGCGCUUCGCCCGACGAGGUUCCCCUGACGGCGAUCUCGAACAGCCUCUGGGCGUGGGCGAACUUUGACUGGCUCCCGAGCAAUCCGGAAAUACCGCGAAGCGCGCUCGCGCUCGCGAAGCAUCACUUCAGGAACGACCCAGAGCUUCAAACGCAGAGUCUGAGCAACAUCUUGUGGGCGCUCGCGAUUCUAAGAUACGUUCCCGAGGAUGAAGACUUUUUGGUCGCUUUCUCCGAGCGAUCCCUCAUCGAGUUGCAACAAGGCCGCUUCAGCUACCAGGGGUUGACGAACACGGUUUGGGCCUUCUCCGUGCUUGGGAUCAAUCCCGGGCAAACAUUGCUGGACGAGUUCGCCCGGGAGAUUGGGAAUAGACUGGCUGGAUAUUUUUCCUCACAAGGUGUCUCGAACUCCCUAUUCGCGUUCGCUGUUCUGGAGUAUUGGCCGGAGAAGUGGGUCGUCGACGCGUACAGGGCCAAGCUCGUCGAAACGGAGAAGACGACGGGGUUUUCCGAGAUUGAUUGGACGCAAUUGUUCCAGGCGAACGUCGUAUUCGAGCGGUAUUCCCCGCACGGAGCGUUGAUCACCGAUCCCAAGAUGCUCGCCGCGGCGGAAGCGGCGUGGAAGGUUGGUUCGAGCAAGGUUGUCAUCAGCCAGUUUCACCGCGAGGUGAGUGAGACGCUCACCGAGAUGGGGGUGCCGCACGAGAUUGAAAAGCUCGUCGAGGAUGGCUUGUUUUCUCUCGACAUCGCGCUCAAGGGCAAGAAGGUUGCGAUUGAGGUCGACGGUCCAUCUCACUUUGCGCGAAACAUUCGAGAUCGCCGACUCGAGGGCAAGGAUGCGGGCGUGACAAACAUGCGCACUCGAUGCCUCACCAGCAGCGGGUGGUCCAUCGUUCACGUUCCGUGGUUCGAAUGGGCCGAACAAGCCCCGGGACGUCACGCGGCGUUCAUGGCAAAGACGCUCUACGACGAGGCGGGUCUCUCGGUCAUGGACGUCGCCUCAGACGAGGACAUGUCGGACUCGGGUUUGAGCGGUUUCAAGUCUCGAAGCGACGCGGACGGCUCCGUCUCCGUCGCCCAGAUCGGUUCUCGAAUCGUCAUGGAGAACUCCAACCGAGCCGUCGCACCGCUCGAUCACAAAGAUAACGAUCGAUCGAAGAAACCGAUGAACAUCAAGCGCGUUGGAUACGGAAUGAUGGACGCCGUGGACGCCGACGACUCGUCGCCGUCGCCGCCGCCGACGCCCGCUCGAGCGGCGCGCGCGCGCGCGCGCAGACCCGCCCCAUCCUCCUCCGAUGCCGAGGACGGUUCACAGGAUGUCAACCUUGACGGUGUACCAGCGCGCGCGCCCCCUAGACGCGGCGCCGCCCCUCGAAGACGUCGUCCCAGACCCGAGGCGUAG